AAAACUCAAUUAGAUAUAAUGCAUGCAUUAGCGGAAUGCGGAACUGAAUAAGCACAAAGGCUAAAUUGUAGCGAAAACAAACAAACUUACACGAAAAUAACCCGUAGAAAAAAUACAACGUUGAAUUGUUGACCUUUCCGAACACAAUUCUAUCGCCAGCUGACGCGACGUUGCCGCGCUUACGUGUACUCAACUAUCUAAGAGCUUAUCGCCUCUGUUGCAUUGAGUUAGGGGCCACAAUCGCGUAUCAGUGUCAAGUAUAUAAUGGAUUUAGGACGUUCUUCACGCUGAGAUGGCGCUUCCCGCGCGAAAAAUUCGAAAUUUUAUCAGUCGUGUUCGCGAGUUUCCAUGGCGUACAUGAUUUGUCGAUGGAAUUGUUUCAUUUGCGUAAUUAAUUGGAGUUUUUUUUUGCACGCGUUUCGUGAAUUUUAAUUAAUUUUUAUCUUUUUGCCUAUUUUAAGCGUUUUAGUGUGUUUACGAUUUUUUUGUUUUAAACUUUUAUUACAUGGCUUUUCUAGUAAACUAAACUAAGUGAUGUGGUGAAGUGAAACUUAAACCAGAUAUUAUAUGUGAAAACUUAGUGAAUAGCGCUUUGAAAACCCUAUUUAUUUUUUUGUGAUCUAAUUUAUUGUGAUAUUACGAAAAUUAUCGGUUCAACGAACAUUUGUGUGUGAUUUACAAACACGCCACAGAGUUUCGUCAUUCUGCAUAAUAUUAAAAAUUGACGUUAAAAUUGUGAAUUUAAAAAGGGAACACGUAUUUAUUGUUACUAUUUGAUAUUCGAAAUUUGAAAAAGUGCAUAAGACAUAGAGGGGCAGGUGUUUCACGCGGCCGAUAGAUGGCGCGGUGACAAAGUGGCCUACAUGCCAGUAGCGCUGGGCUCGCUCGGCGGUGAGGGCGAGUACCACCACAUCUCACCGCACCAACACCUGCAGUACCAUGAGUACGCGCCGCCGCCCAUUUAUCAUACCAUACCGGAUCCAUACUUUAGGAGGCAUGCGCCGUACUUCGGCCAGCCAGACUACAGAGUAUAUGAACUCAAUAAAAGAUUACAACAGAGGACAGAGGACUCUGAUAAUUUAUGGUGGGACGCGUUUGCGACGGAAUUCUUUGAAGACGACGCGACGCUGACACUUACAUUCUGUUUAGAAGAUGGACCCAAACGAUACACAAUAGGAAGGACGCUCAUACCGCGAUACUUCCGUAGUAUAUACGAAGGUGGUGUGUCAGAAUUGUAUUAUACAAUGAGACAGCCCAAGGAGUCGUUUCACAAUACCAGCAUCACAUUAGACUGCGAUCAUUGUACUAUGGUCACGCAUCACGGGAAACCGAUGUUCACUAAGGUGUGUACAGAAGGCCGGCUAAUCCUCGAGUUCACAUUCGACGAUCUAAUGCGUAUAAAGUCGUGGCACAUGGCGGUACGCGCUCACCGGGAGCUGAUCCCGCGGCAGGCGGUCCAUCCGCCGGACCACGCCUCGCUGGACCAGCUCGCGAAGAACAUUACCCGUCAGGGAAUCACUAACUCAACGCUCAACUAUUUGAGGUUGUGCGUGAUACUAGAACCAAUGCAAGAGUUAAUGUCGAGGCACAAAGCGUACGCGCUGUCUCCACGGGACUGCCUCAAGACCACGCUCUUCCAGAAGUGGCAGCGGAUGGUCGCGCCGCCAGGUAAGGCCACACAGUCUCAACGUCCGGCGAGCAAGCGUCGUAAGCGCAAAGGAAGCGCCGGGGCAAACGCGGCACCCCCCGCCCCCGCUAAGAAACGAUCACCCGGACCCAACUUCAGUCUUGCCUCACAGGAUGUGAUGGUCGUCGGCGAGCCGUCACUAAUGGGAGGUGAAUUCGGCGACGAAGACGAACGACUGAUUACGAGACUCGAGAACACGCAAUACGAGGGCGAUGGCGUCGAAUGGAGCAACCCUCCCCCCGCGUCCCCCGCCAAGACGCCCCCUGGCAACCACUGACGUCACUGGCCCUAGUGGCCCUAGCUGAAUCGCCCGGCGCUGUCGAUAUAAAUAAAUAAUAUAGGCCUUUACGGAUA